AUGGCACAGGUGAGGAACAAGCAAGUGCUUCUGCGGGACCAUGUCACCGGUUUUCCAAAAGAAUCCGACAUGAACAUUGUUGAAAGUACCAUAACAUUGAAGCUUCCACAAGGUUCCAAUGAUGUCCUGCUCAAAAAUCUUUACUUGUCCUGUGACCCUUACAUGAGGAAUCUCAUGAACAAACCUGAAGGACCCCCAAUAGUCGUGCGUACACUCCUGGAUCCUGAAGUUAAUCCAAGAACGUUCAAAUGGAAAGUGAAAUUGAGGGAUAUAUCUUUGCUUCUAGUGAUAAUUGUUGAGUGA